CCUCCUGGAUUACUCGACACACGCUUCGAAGCCUCGACACGGAAGAGCACAUCACUACUAGCUACUCCCUUAGAAUAAGACUUGUGUGUUUUUGCUUAUUUAAAUUUUCGGCCUGAAAGUCGACUCUUGUUAAAUUCAGGGAGUUUUGGCCGCAUCUAUUUAUAAGCUACUAGAUGAAAUGACUCAUCUUUAAAGUGAGGAGCUCAGCUGUGACGGCCUCCUCCUGAGACCUGGACCUGUGCGAGCUGCCGACACCUUCCACUCAGCUGGACGGGGAGUUGCGAUGCUCUGACGUCACGUAGGUGAGUGAUGUCAGACAGGAACCAGUGGAAGGGAGCUUGACAAAUCAAGAUGGCGUCCCACGCCGAAGCAGGAAAGAGGGUUCCAAAUAAAUAAAACUCAUCUGGAGGACGGUCAGACUCGAGCGGCGCUUCGACAGAGACGUCGGUUGCAUUUCGACAGAACAGGACGAAGCAGAUACAGUUCUGUUUUCAGAGUCUCUAAAUGGCUGCGAGGAAGUCUGGAGCAGAUGCAUACAACAAUGGACCCAUCAGCUACCUUGAUGAAGUUCCCUUCAAGAUUAAUGACAAGUUCCGCUGCCCAGCCAAAGUUGGGCUGCCUGUUGGUUUCUACUUGCCUGACUGUGGCUCUUUGCUGGUCGACACACAGUAUGACUUUUCUCUGGAGAGACGUAGCGUGCGGUGGGGGGUUGAACUGGCAGAGGCCAGAGCAGCAGAGGCCCGAGCAGAGGAGGCAGCAGCCAAGCAGGAGGCAGACAGCAGGGAGUGUUUGGCUAAGGCCCAGGACAUUGAUGGUGGUGGAGGGAAGAAACCCCGGUCAGCUGCAGAUGACCAGGACCUUCUACCACCAGCGUUGAACCCUGUCAUGGCGGGGCUGAGCCAUAAUGCCAUCCUCACUCCACUGCCUGCCACAAGCCUUGGCCCCAGGAAAGCCCAGCCUAGUAUUCCUCAGCUGCACAGCCUCAACCUAGCAGACUUUGAGCGGGAAGAGGACCCCUUUGACAAGCUGGAGCUCAAAACUUUGGACGAUAGGGAGGAGCUUAGGAACAUUCUCCAGAGCCAGCCCCAACCUCAGCCGCCUCUCUCUGUAUCCCCCCCAGAGCUUUCCCAGAUAGGGUCUGUGUCUCGAGGAAACAGCCCAUCUCCUCCGAGCAGCAACACCAGCAUCCCAGCCAAACCAGGCUUCACCCACAAACCCAACGGGUUGGUUGCCUUGCUGGACAUGGACAGGGUUGGGCAUCAUGGGAGAGUGGGAUUUGAAACAGAUGACCGACCCUGUAACAUCCGCUCUCUGACUUUUCCCAAGCUCUCUGAUUCUGGUGACCCAGAGCCAGUGAGGUACAGCCAACUCCCUGCACCCAUUCCUGCUCACAGACAGAACCUCCCCAACGGAAGCCCUCCGACCAUUCCCAAGACCCAAGUUAUUGUUGCCCCUGAGCCACCUAGCCACAUCAAGAGUGGUACACCUAAACAGACCAACCCAGGGUCAGGAUCCGCUGGUCUGCCGUGUGGUGGAGCCCUGCUUAGCAUGACUCCCAGCGAGCGUCAAUGUGUGGAAACCCUUGUAGGCAUGGGCUACUCCUAUGAGGGGGUCCUACGGGCCAUGCAGAGACAAGGACAAAACGUGGAGCAGGUACUGGAUUAUCUUAUUUUAUCUGGACGUCUGUGUGAUCGGGGCUUUGAUGCAAGUGCAGUGGAGGAAUGUUUAGAGAUGUACCAAUGCUCAGAGGAAAAGACCCUGCAGUUUCUUGAACUAAUGUCAAGAUUUGGUGAAAUGGGAUUUCAGCGGGACGCCAUCAAAGAGGUGCUGCUGGUCCACAACAAUGAUCAGGACAAGGCUCUAGAGGACCUGAUGGCUCGUGCUGCAGCCAGCUGAGCCGAGCUAACCAGCCCAGCGGAGCCCAGCCCAGGGCUUGCUUCCCGCCACCACCCGACACAGCCCCCUUCUGCCUAUCCCAUCACACCAUGCCCUGUCCUUGCCUUGGCUGUGGAGGGGACAGCUGGGAAACAGUUGUAUUUCUCUCUGUGCUUAAGCGUAUUGUGUCUCAGCACUUCUUAAAGACCGUGUGCCUAGAUUGGAGGGGGGUCAAAGUGUAACAAUUCGUCAUGGUGGAGGUUUCUUUUGGUUUUUAAGAAAUACUGGAGUUGGGCUCCAGGAUUUGGUACUGUUAGAUUAUUGAAGAACGACCGAGCUUUGAUGGAGAAACUGGAAGAAAUGGGCUGUGGCGUUUUUGAUACCAUUCUGAUUUGCUUCCACUUGGAAGUGUUUAUUAUUCUGCUGGCAAAGCUUCAGGACUGAAAGGGGAGCCGGUGACACUAUGUGCACACGGACAGACCAGUUUGAACUCUUGAAACUCCAAAACAAUUAAGCUGCCAUCUUCCACUGCUCAGUGCAGACAUAGUAAAUGGUGGAGGCAAUAUGGGGCCUGAGGAAGCUCUCUUCAAACUGAACUAACUAACAUUAAAAGAAUAAAAAAAGAAAGGAAGAGGAAAAAACACAGGCAGUGACCAGACAGAGAUCCGACUCUCUGGAAGUGCCCUCUCUGCUCUGGUGCCCUGCAACUAGCUCUGUUCGACUCUAUGCUUUCAUUCAUUCACCUUUUUCUUGUUCGUUUGAGCACUUUUUUUCAUGUCAGUUCAAAGAUUCCAUUUCUUUGCUUUAAGGUUUGGGAACUAAAGAACAACAUAAUUGAUCUUUAGUCAUUAUAACUCAACAUAAGAGAUACUACUGCCCCGGUGUUGCUCUUUGACCUGCACUGGAAUGGCCUGUUGAAGGAGUGGGGAGAGAUGGCGGGGAAGUUCCUCUGCGGGAGACAAGAAAUAUCCCAUAAUCCUCUGGCACUGGGGUGUCGCAUACUGCACACACGUUUCAUAAUUAGAAACUUAUUUAAAACAGUACACUGACACAUUCGUUUAAGAGUUUAAGAGUUUGAUAUGUUGAUGUCAGCUAUGUUAACUUACGAAAGUGAUGCUCUUAACUAUCACAGACUUCUGUUUGCAGACUGGAAAAGAGCGAGUGGUUUAACAAGAAACAAAAUGUAAGUGAGGAUUGUUCCUGCAGCCUCAUCACUGUGCAAUAGACCUAUUUCAUAUUGUGUGACUGUUGUUUGACAUUUUGAGUCUCAAGUUAUUGUUGGGAGGUAAGGCAAUUGUUUUCAAGCCUUGCUGGGAAUUUGGAUGUAACCAGACAAAAGUUUUGAUUUCUAUCAUUUUUUCUCUGUUAUUGGAUUUCAUGCCACAAAAUCUAAUCAAACAUGACUUCAAA